UCCUUAGUAGCUAGGUGCUCAAGCCUUUUCUUUAAGUCUUUAGCCCCUUUUCCUCUCCAACAUUUUUGCUGAUAAGUUUCUUGUUUCGGUGUCUAAAGUGCUCGUUGGCGGGUUCAACAUCAUGGCUGUGCAUAGGAUUGCUUUUGGUGUCAUGUGGUUGGUGCUGCUUCAGCUAAUUACACUGCCCUUUGUUAGCAUGUCUAUAAGAAGCAGAGCAACAGGGGGUCCAUUUGGACAUCGGGUUUGGGACCCCUUAAUCCGGUCACCGGUGGAUGACCCUGAUAAACCUGAAGCCGAAGAAAAUGAAGGUAUUAGGUGGGCUAUUCUUGUUGCUGGCUCAAAUGGGUUCGCAAAUUACCGCCAUCAGUCGGACAUCUGUCAUGCAUACCAAAUACUGAAAAGAGGGGGAUUGAAGGAUGAGAAUAUUGUGGUGUUUAUGUAUGAUGAUAUCGCCAAUAACAAGUUGAAUCCAAGGCCUGGCAUCAUAAUCAAUCGGCCGGAUGGAGAUGAUGUUUACGCCGGUGUUCCAAAGGAUUACAUUGGUAAGGCGGUGAGUCCUGAGAAUUUAUUUGCUGUGAUCCUCGGAGAUAAGAGUGCUGUGAAAGGUGGAAAUGGGAAGGUUGUCAACAGUUCAAGUAAUGACAGAAUAUUUAUUUAUUACUCUGAUCAUGGAGGCCCUGGAAUCCUUGGGAUGCCACAAAAUCCUUACCUCUAUGGCAAAGACUUCGUAGAGGUAUUGAAAAAGAAACAUGCAUCAGGAACUUACAAAGAAAUGGUUAUAUACGUUGAAGCGUGUGAAAGUGGGAGUUUUUUUGAAGGUCUGAUGCCUGAAAAUCUGAACAUCUAUGUGACAACAGCAUCCAAUGCAGAGGAGAGUAGCUAUGCAACAUACUGUCCUGAUAUGGACCCAUCACCCCCACAACAUUUUCCAUGCUUGGGGGAUCUCUAUAGCAUUGCCUGGAUGGAAGACAGUGAAUCUCACAACCUGAAGAGAGAGACAAUAGUACAGCAGUACAAGAAGGUCAAGGAGAGGACUUCCAACCACCACACCUAUGAUGCUGGUUCUCAUGUGAUGGAGUAUGGGAACAAGAGCAUUCACGCUGAAAAGCUUUACUUGUACCAGGGCUUUGAUCCGGCCACCGAGAAUUACCCUGCAAACCCAAUAGACAUUCACCCUCGUAUGGGUGUGGUUAACCAGAGAAGUGCAGAUCUUGUCUUCAUGUGGGAUAAGUACAAGAAAAUGGAAGAUGGUUCUGCAGAAAAAGGGGAGCUGCUAAAGCAAAUUACCAACACAAUGCUUCACAGAAAUCAUUUGGACGGAAGCAUGGACAUUAUCGGAGCUUUCCUGUUUGGUCCGGAGAAGGGCUCUGCAGUUCUUAAUCACGUUAGGCGACGUGGUCUUCCCAUUGUUGAUGACUGGGAUUGUCUAAAGUCAUCGGUUCGCAUCUUUGAGACGCAUUGUGGCUCAUUAACACAGUAUGGCAUGAAACACAUGCGAGCAUUUGCAAACAUUUGCAACCGCGGAGUCAGCCGAGCUGCUUUGGAGGAGGCUUGUGAAGCAGCAUGUACUGGCCAUGACCUGGGGCAGUGGGAUCCUGCAAAACGUGGCUUUAGUGCUUGAUUAAAAGGGCUAUAGUGGGCAUGUACCCUCCCUGUUACAUACAUUUUGCUCUAACGCCAGUAUAAAAGGUUUCUGCAUGAGUUCUUGAAACUUAAUUACCCUCCCUAUCUCCUCUGUCCUAAUUCAUUUGGUUGUAUCUAUCAGGUCUGUAAAUCGUUUCCCUUAAAAAGUUGUUCUUCUCAGAAAACAUUAUACAUGGA